AUGAACUCCACGAAGUCUGCGCCGACUGUCGCUAAGCGCGAGCCCACCCUAUCCAAGAAGCCCGAUGCGACCGGUGCCGUGUUGGAUGGAUUGAAGGAUUUGAGCAUUGGACAACCGACACCGAGCCUUGUUGUGAACGGAACGGGCUCUUCAUACGCUGAGCGAUCAAAAUCUAUAACCAAGGAUGGGUCGGACGACUCCCAGAGAGCUGACUCCAGCUCGGAGCUCGGUACCAAGCCUCCCAGUCUGGACGGAAAGAGUAUCACGUCGGGAACGACCUUUGCGCUGGACGAGAAGGAGUCCCUGAGGCCGGAUGACAGCGCAAGCGUCAAAGCCGCCGCUGCCGAGGAUGACGAUUCCUUCUCAUUCCGAGGGCCAAAUUUACCAAACUCCAGAAUGGGUUCCGACAUUGCGGCGCGUGCUAGAGGCAUCAUCCAGCUUGGCGACAUGCCCGACCGCCGUCUAGCCCAACCCAUCUCUGGAUCCUUAAGCCAAGGCAUGAUCACACCGCAGAGUGCUUCGUCAGAUCAACCACAGAUGCCCAUUCCCAACGCUCUGUCGGCUAAUCUCCCCGACUCUGCCAAUCUCCUGAAUACCAUCUACGGACAGGCACCGGAUGAGAAGCUCUUGGAGGCUAUGGCUUCCCCGAAGGAUCGGCUGUUUCUCUUGCGAUUGGAGGCCGAAUUGAUCAAAUUUGUUCAAAAUUCAAAAUUGUCGAGAGAACAACGUGAAGAAGCGUACAAGCAAGCCCGAGAGAGGAUAUUCGGCAAUUCUGAGAAGACUGGCGAAUCCACGCCUGAUAACGAGAUUGAAAAUGGCGUUUCACGUGCCAGCUCCGUCUCUGCGAGGGAGAAGCCUGGUGUCAGCAAACGGGGCAAGACUGGGAAACAGAGACGGGAUGAUUCAGACAGCUUCGACUCGAGGCACAACUACACUCCAUACUGGGGCCCGCAGCAACAGACUUGGGUGCCUCAACCUCAGUAUGUUCCUGUGUCAAACCAGUAUGGUGCGCCAGUGCAGCAGCCGUAUCCCAACCAGAUCCCGGCAGCCCCUUACAACACUACACCGACGCAAACAUUUGCUCCCAUGAUGCCUAACGCGGGCUACAAUGCAGGUUAUCCUAAUAUGACACCGUAUCCGCCUCCGGCAAACCAGGCCCAAUUCCAAGCCCCUCCGAAUGCAAGGAGCUAUGGUGGUUCUGGCCCUACUCCUCCACAGCAAGGUUGGCAACCACAGCCAGGGUUCGGACCGGCGCCGGUGCCGAUGACUCCACCUUCGACGGCCAAUGCCACGGCUUACACGCCUCGGGGCAUGUCGGCGCCACCCAGUCAAAGCACUGUUCCGUACAUGUAUGGGCAGUUGCCGGCCAACAUCAAUCCGAACGACCCAAAGAGCCAGCAUCCCAUUCCCGGCAGCUACAAUCGCCACGCCUUCAAUCCCAAGACGCAGUCAUUCGUUCCUGGGGGUGGCAUGUCUCCAAUGCAGCCACCACAACCGCCAUUCAGUGCUCCUGGAUCUCACCACGGUAGCCCCCAGAUCGGCUCACCUCAUCUGGCAUAUGCCGGCUACCAGCAACAAGGACCACCAGCACCUUAUGGCUAUGCCAUGGCGAGGCAAGGCUCGAACAACUCGAUUCCUUCCUACCACCCGCCUCCGCCCCAGCACCCUCACCACUUGAACCCUAUGCCCCAAGCACCGGUUCAUCAUAUCCCCCAACAUCCCCCUCAACAUAUCCCACAAAACCCCUCCCCUCAUAUUCCCAGUAAACCCGCCAUCCCUCAGGGUCCGGCCGGACAGACGUUCAGCCACCUGCCUCACUACGGCAACCCUGCUACUUUGCCGCAAAAGCCAAACAUGGGUAUUUAG